AUGGCUACUCAAGCCGUGCUUCGUCUUAAGCAGUCAGGCGACAUCUCCAUCCGUCGUGCUAAUGGGAACCUCCGAUUCCCUGGCUUCAAGCAGGCCAAGGGCUGUGACACCACGGUGGACAUGGAUGAAGACCCAGAGAUAUUCAUGCUGUUGAGUCCUAUCGAGCUCAUUGGAAAUGAAGUCUUCCCACGUAAUGACAUGAGCGGAAGUGCUCAGUGUCUUCACACUAUCUUCACCUCCGCCAAAUCUCGAUUCCAGCAAGACUUGCCCGGAGGCGAGAAGCUGCUCCAGAAAACGGACAUCGAGAAUCUUCCCGACAAACACUUUGACUACAUCAAGUUAGAUCUUAUCGCAAUCGAUCCUCAGUUCGACCAGGCCUCUCCCAUCACUAUAAAGAGAUGUCUCGUCUUGUUCACUGAGAACGUCUUGGACCAUGCGCCAACGCUUCUUCCCUCAGGCAAGGAGCUCGACACUUCGGCCAAGGCAGAGAGCUCCGAAGUGGUAGACCUCACCAAAGAUAGUGCGAGCGCCCAGCAUACCACCAAACCUGAGGAAGCAGUCAAGCCGGGCGAGAAUGGAAGAGCCACGCUGUCGAUUCUGGGCAAGCAUAAGAGAGCAACGUCAGACACUAGCGAGGAGGAUCAUGCUCGCAUGAGGAAGUACCCAAAGUUCCUCCAUGAGAUGGCUUCAGCCGAGCGCGCAGCCUGCGACUUGAAGAUGGCCCGCAUUGACGAGAGGCUUGACGAGAUCCAGCAGCGGCUUGAAGAAGGGGCGGAAGGACUGAAACAAGUAGCCACAGCCAAGACAAUAAUUGCUGAUGAGGCCAAAUCGCUGCAGGAGGGUGUGCGAGCUUUAGCAGAGGAGAUGGGUGACGCCCUCGAAGAGCGCCGGCGACAAUUUCGCACAACGCCGAUUGUUAUGGAUUUUAAUCCGCAUCUCCAGCAGCGAGGUGGCACCUCCGGCAACAUGGCGCUGCAGAACGACCAAGAGAAGCCAAAGCCCUCUACUGGCAUGCAGACAGAAGGGCACAUCAGCGAGGAGCCAGAGUACUCAUCCGACUCCUCAUUGUCUUCCACCUCAGCUGGUCCACAUUUUCCAUCUUCGGCGAGUCGGUGA